AUGGGUUCGCCGAGGAAAGCGUUGCUGCUCCUUUACCAACAAGAUGACAUAGACUGUCGAAAUCGACAGGGCAUGCCUUCCAAGUCACCUUCUGGAUCUGGUGCAGACAAACGAUCCCGGUCCCGAGCCCCACAAAAUGGCAAGUGCACUUGUUUUUUGGCCAAUGAAGCUCAAAGAAACCAUGACUGGGGACCAGGAGACAAUGACCUUGGACCACUUCGAUGCCCACAUUUAAAUGGUGUUACUAUGAUCACCCAUGAUGAUGUCUUAAAGGAGAAUAUGCCCUGUGUUGCUUGCACAAGAAGUCAGGAGGUUGAAGUGAUUUCCUUGUGUCCCCCUGAUGAAAAAUGCAACUCCUCAUUUCCACUGCCAGCAAUUGAACUUGGAGCAACUGUGCUGGUGACUACAAAGACAAUUCAAGAGAACAUCCUCAAGAAAGCAGUUUUAGUAGUGAACUGGAGUGGCAUACAGAUGGAACGGUGUAUUUUUGGAUUCUAUUGCUUAGUUCUUAUGGACCCAGGUCAAGUUUGGACUGGAACACUUAAUCCUCAGAAACGUGAGUCAGAACUGCAGGUGGAGGUCAAAGACAAUACCACAUUGGGUCCGAUCUUAGAGGACACAAUUGUAGCCCCCACAGAGUCCAUCUUUGGGGGAGAUCGGUGCCUUGGUUAUUAUGAUGUAAUGGGCCAGUGGGAUCCUCCAUUUAACUGCAAUUCAGGGAUCUACAAUUUUUGCUGUGGGACUUGUGGUUACCGCUUCUGCUGUCAAUUCACAAGUGGAAAACUUGAUCAAAGUGGUUGUUCGAAUUAUGAGACACCGGAAUGGGUCAACACAGGCCAACCACCACCUCGAGUGGAUGAGAGUCCUCAGAAUCCUACCAAGGACAAGACCAACAUGAUUGUAUACAUUAUCUGUGGUGUGGUGGCCAUCAUGGUGCUGGUGGGUAUCUUCACCAAACUGGGACUGGAGAAAUCCCAGAGCCCUCAAGCAGAGAUUACCAUGUCCAGAACACUCACAGAUCUUCUAAAGCAGCCUGGUCACAACUCAUCUGAUCACUUGCCUGAUGGCCAUAUCAGCAGUGUGCAGGUCCAGAUUGGUGAUAGCCUUUCUCGGGGAUCUCCCACAAGUAACAAAGAUCAGAAACACCUGAACAAUGCUGUAAUCAACUCCUCCACAAUCUCACAGAUUGGGCUAUCACACUCGCAUAACAAUCAGCUGCAAAUGACAAGUGUUUUACCUAACCAGGCUUCAGACUAUGCCAAAUAUGCAACUCUCAAGGCUGUAGAAAGUGCCCCCGAAGAAUUCUACAAGAGGUUUCCCAUGGUGGAGAUGCCAUCGUCAGGCACCUUGUCAUUUUCUCCCCUGACACUUCAUCAAAAUGACCUCCCACCUUUUCCAGAAAGCACUGCUCUCAUUGGCUUGGGGACACCAGGACAGAAAACUAAAGUGAUGAAAACCAAUGCAGGCAGUCCUGUCUUCAAAGGGGGCUGGGAUCACAGCCAUCCUGAAUUUCGACGACAAGCUUAUGCCACCAGGCGUCAGUUCAGUAUUGAGAAGCUGCCUGAGGUCUUCAGCCAAACCCCCACUCAUUAUGCCCAGCAACAACGGCUUUUUUCCACUAAUAGCAAGACUGAGGUCACUGUCUAG